AUAGUGUUUCGAAUCUUUCUUCGUAAGCCCCAAUUUUGCCUCUUAUUCAGAUCUCUCCUUGCUCUUAUCGGGAAGCAUUGCCCAACUGAAUUUGAUAAGUAUCAAGUACUGGAGGAAAGAGAUAAGCUGUUGUCAAAGCUGAGAGAGGCAAGACAGUUACUUUUUUCUCUACCUGUUUCGAAUGAUGUAAAGUUGGUUUCAAGGAGGAAAACAAGCAUAGUGAUGAAAAAAGUCGCAAAGUUCAAGGACUAUGUUUGGGAAUGUGAAUACGCAAGAAGUGCGGCUGACCAGGAUAACCCUUUGCCUCACGAGUUGCGUUCAAAAGAAUUGUUGAAAAAUACUAUGGAUUAUCUUCUCAAAAAUGUGCUUGAUGAUGUGCCUGGAAGUGAUGAUGAUUUAGCAACAUGGUACGACUUUUUAUGGAGCCGUACUCGUGCUAUCCGCAAGGAAAUUACACAGCUCAUGCUAACGGAUAGCACAGCUGUAUCUCUUUUCGAGAGAUGUGCUCGGAUUCAUAUUCUGUGCGCAUACAAGCUUUGUCAUUUGGGCUUCGAUCGUUUCGACCAAAAUAUGAACACCGAAAACCUUGCUAAAUGUCUUCAAUCCCUGAGACAUCUUUAUGAGGAUCUAGGUAAGCUCAGCUCAUGUAGAGAAACAUUCAACACUGAGGCUGAAUUUCGUGGUUAUGAUGUUAUGUUACAUCUUCAUGACAGUAACAUUAUGAGACAGGUGUUGUCAUAUCGGAAGGAAGUGCGUGAAUCUAAACCAGUUCGACUAGCCCUCCAGCUCUCUAGUGCUCUACAAAAUAAGAACUAUGUCAGAUUUUUCCGUUUACUAAGGAAUGAAGCGACGUUUCUUCAGUGCUGCAUAUGCCAUCGUUAUUUCAAUACGGUAAUUUUUCGAAACUAUCGUACCUUUAUACUUACAGCCAUAGAGCUUUUUGUAGGUUCUCUAUCCCACAUUUACUCAUUUGUUGUUUAUGGACCUGAGCCCUUCGCCUUCUUUUCAAUCGCUACAAUUACUGAUUCAUUUGACGAUUCCAAUCGAUAUAACAAGGACCCAGUGCUUUCAGCCGUGUUCGAAAAAUAUUCCCUUCAGGUGAGUAUCAAAGAAUGUUCAAGCUUUUGGCUGCUUAAUCGAAGAGGUAUCCCUGGGUAG